GGGAAAUGGAAUUCAAAGAAACUAUUUAAAAAUUUGUAUAAGAAUUCGGAACUAGGAAUUGGCUUUUUAAUCAUUUAUUAGAAUAGAAAAGAUAAAUAAGUGUGUUAUUUUGAACUAAAAUUGGUUUGUCGAAAAUCGGCGUCUGUCUUGUUACUGCAAAUAAAAUAUGGCUUGGGCUCCAUCAACGAACUUCGAGGACGAUUUGGUCGAUUUACAGCCUGAUUUCAAUUUAAUACAUGGACAGCUAGCCUAUGAAGCCAAGCGAAAGCAAGAAUUUAUUCCCCGUCCAAAGUCAACUUACGAUUACUUAGCUAAACGGGAGGAACGAAAUGCGGAGAUUGAGAAACAUCGAAGUGUCAAAUCGAAGGAAAUAAGCGCCAGCCUAGCCAUGAUGGAGCGUAUUCAGGCCAUAGCUGGCACUAAGCCGUUAGGUGAGCACGCGACAAUGUCAGAUUGGGAUGAUAAGAGCACCGUGGAGAAAGAGGCGAUUGCUAUGAUGCGACAUUUUGGCAUGAUGUCGAUGACUGAUGGCUCAUUAUCUCCGGCACGAACUGAAUCUGUGCCACACGGCAACAUUCAUGUUAUGCGCAAUGGUCGACAUAGAAUGCCAUUGAUCUUGGAUCCCAAAUUCUUUGAGCCAGGUAAAAAGCGACAAACAACAAAUUCUAGGAACCAAAAGAAGGAUUCUGCAAUUAAUGACAGCGUCUGUAGUACCCCCGAUUCACAUUUGGAUGAUACAGAGAGCAGUGAAGGUGGGAAAUCAUAUGUCGAAAUACCCUAUCAAUUGCUUGUAGAAACAAAAGAGACGGAAUCAAGCAACACCAAUAAAGCAAAUACUCAUGGAAACACCGAACAAGUAAUUGGAUAGUCUAUAUUAAAUGGAGUUACAUAGCAUGGAAAGAAAACAUUGAUUUUUAUGGUAUACUUAUUUACUUAUAACUUAUUUGAAUUAAAU